AUGUUAAGUGGUAGGCAAUUCUAUCACAUUCGAAUUUCUCACCUCGAGUAGUGAAGUCAAGCGAAAAAUAUCAAAUUUUCACAGCCUCAAAUUGUAUAAAUUGAACAGUGAAGUUAAGUGAAUUUUAAAGCAAGUUUAUUUGGAAAAUGGAUACUCAGGAAAUCGUUCCAAUUACUCAACAAACUAUGGUCGCUACAAUGUUGCAUCUGGACAAUUUAAACGUGGAUUGCCUGUUGAAUAUUUUCCGUAUGCUGAGCCUUCCAGAUCUUGCAAGUGUAACAGGAGUUUGUCGAAAUUUUCGAGAUAUAGCCGCCGAAGCCUUCAAAUAUGAAUGGAAAAACAAAACGAUCCGCCUGAGUAACAAAGAUAGUAACAGCAAAUUGGAGUCAACAGCCAUUUUACGGAACUUUGGAAAUCAGUUGCAAAAUGUGCAGAUUGUAUUCGACAAGCAAAGAAAUGAUACAUUCUUCAAAUUGAUCAUCGACAAGUGUAGCUCACAAUUAAAACAAGUAGACUUAUCCAGCACGUGUUUCAACGUCCAUUUGGAGAGAGUUCUAAGCAAAGAGAAUAUCCAACGCUUUAACGAUAAAUUCGUAAACUUGAAGGCACUGAGAUUCGAGAAUAACAUCGACGACAUCAUUGAACCGGAAUGCAUUGAGCAGCAGUUUCCAGCACUGGAGGAGUUGAGCUUAUCUGGCUAUCCAUUCGUAAAUCAGAACGUUCUCCAAUUCAUCAUAGUUAAUCCUCAGAUCAAAAGUUUGUCAUCAUUUCACUGCAACACAUUACAGGAUGGUGUAGAUAUGAUUAGAAUGAUCGAUCAACACCUGCCACGAUUGGAACGGCUCGGUUUGUGGGUACAUGGUCGAGCGGACAUGAUUGAAUACCAGCCACGUUUUCUGAAGGCUUUGAAACAUCUGAAAAUUCACAGCUAUGGAAGUACAGCGAAUUUGCACCAUUUGUCGAUUUCCAAUGAACGCGUGGAAGAAAUGGAAUUGGAGUUAGGUUCGUGUGACGAGAAUGUAAUUGAUUUCAUCUGCCAGUACAAAGAACUCACUAAAUUGGCUAUCCGCCUGUACAGUGAUAGUCCAUUCGACUGUAAAUUUUUGUCAGAACUGAAAAAGCAUCUGCCCAAAUUGACUGAGAUUGAGAUUUGUGGUUUCUGGAGAGAUCUCAACCACACAGACAUCGUGCAUUUCGUGCAUGAAUCGAAACGCUUGAUCAACUUCAUUCUUCGUGAUGGUAAACGGAAAGACAUUUUGGAUGACAUGAAUCAAAUACGAACGAAAUUGGAUUCUACACAUUGGUCCGUUAAUUAUAAUGCAUCAGCGCCCCGUCAACUACACUUUGUUCGUGCGAAACGACCCGGAAAUUAGUGAAAAAUUGCUGAGACGAAGAGUUUUGAACGAUCGAUCCAAGAACAAUAUCGUGAGCUUAAAAUAGUAGAUUUUGUACCAAAAAUAAUUCAAAAUCUUAGAUUGUAGGCGAAUUAAAGUGACAUCGAAAAGUGUAAAGUGUAAAGAAUGUAAUUUGAACAAAUAAAUUUGAUUUUAUGA